GGCGGGCAGCGGGCUCAGGGCGGACAUGGCGCUGCAGUUCGGCGGGGCGGGCGCGCCAGGCGCGGCUGAGGAACCGGCGUUGGUGGGGGGCAGCUUCGGGGCCGCGGACUCGUUCCCCAAGGACUUCGGCUACGGGGAGGAGGAGGAGGAGGAGGCGGAGCUGGAGGGAGGCCCAGGGCCCGGCGGGCCCGGCGGCGGCGCGGGUGGACCUGGCAGCGGCGCGGGCGGGGCGGACUCCAAGCCGCGGAUCCUGCUUAUGGGGCUGCGGCGCAGCGGGAAAUCCUCCAUCCAGAAGGUGGUGUUUCACAAAAUGUCUCCCAAUGAGACACUGUUCUUGGAAAGUACCAACAAAAUCUACAAAGAUGAUAUUUCCAACAGUUCGUUUGUGAAUUUCCAAAUAUGGGAUUUUCCUGGACAGAUGGAUUUUUUUGAUCCAACAUUUGACUAUGAGAUGAUCUUCAGAGGAACGGGUGCUCUAAUAUAUGUUAUUGAUGCCCAGGAUGACUACAUGGAAGCUUUAACUAGACUGCACAUUACAGUUUCAAAAGCCUACAAGGUCAACCCGGAAAUGAACUUUGAAGUUUUUAUUCAUAAAGUUGAUGGUUUAUCAGAUGACCAUAAAAUAGAAACUCAGAGGGAUAUUCAUCAGAGGGCUAAUGAUGAUCUUACGGAUGCUGGGCUUGAAAAACUUCACCUUAGCUUUUAUUUGACCAGUAUCUAUGACCAUUCAAUAUUUGAAGCCUUCAGUAAAGUGGUACAGAAGCUCAUUCCACAACUACCAACCCUGGAAAACCUACUUAAUAUCUUUAUAUCAAAUUCAGGCAUUGAAAAAGCUUUUCUCUUCGAUGUAGUCAGCAAAAUCUACAUUGCAACAGACAGUUCCCCUGUGGACAUGCAGUCAUAUGAGUUGUGCUGUGACAUGAUUGAUGUAGUGAUAGAUGUUUCCUGUAUAUAUGGGUUAAAAGAAGAUGGCACUGGAAGUGCUUAUGAUAAAGAGUCAAUGGCAAUUAUCAAGCUCAAUAACACAACGGUCCUGUACUUAAAGGAAGUAACAAAAUUUUUGGCAUUAGUUUGCAUUCUUAGAGAAGAGAGUUUUGAGCGCAAAGGUUUGAUAGACUACAAUUUUCAUUGCUUCCGCAAAGCCAUUCAUGAAGUCUUCGAAGUAGGUGUUGCCUCCCACAGAAUCUGCAACUAUCAAUCAAGUACCUCAAAUAUGAAAGCAGUGACUCACAAUGGCACACCUAGGAAUGCAGUCUAGAGGAAAGCUAAUGACCUUGGAUAGACUUGUCAGCUCUUCACUCCAAAGUUUUGUGGAACAAGAGAAGAGUAGUCUGAAAGCCUGAAGUAUGUUUCAGAGGAGAAGAGUGGUCCUCACUGUGGAACAGCAGCUUGUAACUGAUGUUGGACAGCUGAAACUACUGUAAAAAUACUUUGAGGCCAGUGGAGUUAGAAAUGCUGGUUAAAACCAGCUCUGUUGCAAAUGCAGUAGUUUUUCAGUUUGGAAUCCUAUUUUAACAGUCUGUCUCUGACUGAUUGCCUGGUCAAAACUUAAAAACAAUUGAGUUGAGUUUUUUGUGAAACACUGAAUAGUCACUUGCUCAAAUGCUUUUAUUAUUAUUAUUAUUUUAAAUUAAUCUGUAGAAUAUCCACUUUUGCUUAAGUUUACCCUUUUGUCAUGCAAAAGAAAAAAUGUAAUUAAGGCUUGUGAAACUCAGGCUUUUUGCUUGCUGAGGCUGGUCUCAAAUCAUUCCAUUAAGUAGCUCUUGCUGGUGUGCUCAUAAUAUUCUUGUGAAUUCUGUGUUUCUUAAGUGGAUGCAAGGUAGAGCUCUGUUCUAAUGAUUAUGUGUUUGUUUAGAGAACUGACCUGGGGCUUCAUUUUAAGAGAUCGUGAUACUUCUCUUUCAGACCACACUUCUUGGUAUGUCCCCUUUGAGGGAAGGGAAGUAUUAAAAUCAGAAAUAAACUACCUGCUCUCUUUUGCAAAAACAUGGAUGUCAUAAAUCUGUGUGAUUAAUCCUAUUUAUGAAACAACUGCAUGGCUAGCUGAACUGAAAUGUCUGCCAUAUAUUGAAAUAAAGCAACCACUUUCAGCUAUUCCCAAGCAAAGAAAAAUGACAAAGUUAUUGACUUCUGAUGGUGGAUCUCUUUCCUCUCUGACUGAUAAUUAAGACAGUUCCUAGGAAAAUGUCUGAGGGUGUUAUCCAUGCAUGGCAAUUAAGUAUCGGUCUACCAUAACCUACUAAUAACACUGGACUUUGAAAGCAUGUUGAUUCUGUACUGAGACAAACACCUUCUUGUUUGUCACCAGGCAAUCUGACUAGAACUGGUUUUUUCUGAUUUUGUGAAUGCUUACUUUCAUACUAUGGGCAGUAUAUCUGAAUUCUUUAAUUUAUUGAUAUUGGUAUUAUUACAGUAGGUGUCAUACUAUACAUCAACCUUGCUAUGCAGUAAGCUCAACCACUGGCCCAUAAAGAUCUUGCCUCUCUUUACCCGUCCCUAUGUGUGUAUAGGUGUCGCAAAGCCAUUGGACCAACUAUACAAGUGCCACUAUAAAAUUUUGUGCAAGAAGAACUAACUGUAAGCAAUCUCUGCAACUACUGUAUUUAUGUGGUCAGAAGUAACCAUGGGAAUGCUUCUGUGCUUAUAGAAAGAACUUCAACUGAACUAUGUAAAAAUGAAUAUACAUUAGGGUAUAUACACGUACUGAAUAAAUGGGGUUUUUUACAGCAGGAGACUUUGGAAUUCAAGUGCUCUAGGUCAGUUCUCUUAAACCUAGGCUGAGCCCCUUUUUGUUAAUGGAGCUGUAGAAUUGGUUUUUUGAGGAGGUGCUGCAGGCUUAUAAGAUUGGGUUUUGUAGUUUGCAAGCACUGUCGCAGUGUUCUAAUGCUAAAGGUAAGAGGAGAAGUUUUUGGCAAGAUCACAGGAAGAAUGAAAUAAUUCCCAUUUGUGCAGUGAGUUUUCCAUGUUCUAAGUACAUGUGUGCAUUCUCUUUGUUUUUGCCCACUACAGGAUUUUGUGCUAAUAAAAUGAAAAACAAAAAAGGCACUAUUGUUUCUGCUUGUCUUUAUAGACAAAAGCCUAUAAAUGCCUGUAUAUUAAAGCAAAUUUUUAAAAGCCAUGUUAUCUUUAUGGUAUAUUUUAAAAUAGUUAAAUACCACAUUCCCAUGUGAGACUUUAAAAAUUUUAGUCAAGCUUAACUUUCAUCUCAAUUAAAGCUGAAUCCAAAAUGAAUAUUUUCAGAAGAUGACUCUGGAUUUUAAAGGCAUAUAAAUGAUUACAUGACUUGUCCUGUUCUUUUCAUUAACGGUGAACCUUAGACUGUGUUCUGAAAUUCUGCCUUCUGCUGUGCAUGUUGUGGUGGCUUUCUGUAUUUCAAUUUGUUGCAGGGGUUUUUUUGUUUUGGGUUGGGAGUUUUUUGUCAGCAUUACCUUACUUUGAAAUGGUUGCAUCUACUAAAGGUUAAUUGUAGCAGGUCAAAACCGAAUACUGUCAUUUUCACUAUUACCUGCACAAUGUUAGCUUUAAAAGUUAAAUUUGUCUUUAGUAAGGAGCACAGUGCUUCUUUAGUUUACUGGAACUAGUCUUCCUAAUUAAGUCAGAUGCUGCUAUUUGAGUAGAGGGUUACUAAUCUGUUGCUGCUUUAGUAAGGCAGUUUUUGGUUUCUGCUGAAAUCUUUAUGGUGCCACAGAGGAGGAAGGAUAGGAGUUAGGUUUUAUUUUCUUCCUUGUGCAGGGAUUUGUUUCCCUUGCCUGUGCUGACCUGCUGCAGGGAGAGAUCGUGGUAGAGACAAGGGGAGGCAAUAUCACAAUCUCUCCAAUACAAGAACUGAAACUAUGAAGGAAACCAUCAACUACUGCUUCACCUUUCUGCCUUGUUAUUUUUCCCUUUUUCCACCUCUACACCUGUAGUGGUACAGAUGCUCUGCAGUUUUUUUGCAAACAACUGAGGUUGCGUGGUUCUGAGGAGAAAAAUGGUGCAGACAGGGGAGGACACAGGGAAAAUGGUGGUCUGCCUGCUGGGAGAAGGAAUGAAAAUUUUGUUCUGUUGAAGAAUAAAGCAAGCCCUUGCAAGGUA